AUGAACAUUCCGUUCGACAUCGUUCCCACUAAGGGCCCGAUUAUCCAUGACCCUAUUAGAACUGCCGCGGAUGUCGCCAAGGUGCAGCCUCUGGACCCGGACACUGCGUUGCACUACGUCGGCGAGACCCUCCAGAUUCUCCGGAAGGAGGCUGCAAACCAGUCAACUGUCCUCGGUUUCGUGGGUGCUCCCUUCACAAUGGCGUCAUACAUUGUCGAGGGUGGCUCGUCCAAGAACUUCUCCAUCAUCAAGAGGAUGGCAUUCUCAACCCCAGAGAUUCUGCAUGCGCUGCUUGCCAAGCUGGCGGAGUCCACUGUGCGCUACAUGCGUUACCAGGCAGACAAUGGUGCUCAGGCCAUUCAGAUCUUCGACUCUUGGGCCACCAGCCUUUCUCCUUGCGACUUCGAAGUCUUCAGUCUGCCAUACAUCAAGCAGAUUGUGGCUGAGGUGAAGUCCACCCACCCUGACCUGCCCAUCAUCCUCUAUGCCAGCGGCAGCGGUGGCCUGCUUGAGCGGAUGUCUAAGACUGGAGUCGAUGUUGUCAGCGUGGACUGGACCGUUGACAUGGCUGAGGCUCGGGAGAGGAUUGGCAAGGACAUUGGUGUGCAGGGUAAUGUGGACCCGGCGAUUCUGUUUGGUUCCAAGGAGACGAUUACAGCGAGGAUCCAUGAGACAGUGGCGAAGGCAGGAUCGCACAAGCACAUUCUCAACCUUGGCCACGGUGUCUUGAUAGGCACCCCAGAGGAGAAUGUGGAGCAUUUCUUCUCGGAGGCACUCAAGCUUAGGUAUUAG